AUCCGCCAAUUAAGGAAAGGAAGAAGAAGAAGGCGGCGGUUUGUAGUCAGAGGCAUCAUGUCGGAGCCCAGUGUUCGUGUUUCGGGGACAGUUUUAGCUUCUCUCAUGUUCCAACAUGUCAACAGCGACUCAGACGUGGAAGGUCUGGUGCUGGGAGAAAGCAGCUUCCAUGAGCAGGUUACCAUCAGUGACUCUCAGUCGGACCACAUUCACAUUGAGGAAAUCUACAACCUCCAGAAGCACGUCGCCUGCCACAGAUUACACACUCUGUACAGCAGCUCUGGGGAGGUGAACCUGGACGUCCUGCACCAGAUGCUUGCAGAUAACAAGCAGGACAGUGUGAUCGGCUGGUACCGACAGCGCAGGCACUCGGAGCAGCACAUGACGUUCAGGGAGAAGCUGGUCCACGAGAAGAUGAAGAGCGCUCUGAAGAACCCUCACAUGAUCUUCUUGCUGCUGACUUCCAGCAGAGUUACUCCGACGGACUCCACCCACCGGAUAGAGUACUCGGCCUUCACGUCUCGCAGCAGACGCUUUAUGAACAUCCCUGUGCUGGUGACUAACCUGGGUCUGCUGGAACAGCAGGGCUACUGGAAGGUCUCCGCUCCAUGCUCCGCCUCAGGCUACAGCCUCACCAUGAAGAAACAUGGGUCCAGGUUUUUCUGCUCCAGUGGGCUGGUGAAGGAGGUGGAUGAGAUGAAUAAGAUGAAUGACUCUCUGCAGGCCGAGCUGCAGAAAGUGUGCAGAGAGGUGGAGGUGAGUGAGCGUGCAGUAGAAGCGCUUCAGGCGGAGGUGUCAGCCCUGAGAAGGAGCCUCAGAGAGAAGCAGCACAGCUCAGCGAGGGAAGCUGCCGGAACCGCCAUUCCAGCGCCGCCAAAGAACAACCAGCUGCUGCUGGAGGCCGUCAGAGCGUUGCUUGGUUCUUCUCCUCUCUUCCUGACACAGACUCUGAACCCACAGGCCUUCCCUGUUCCCCACAAACACCUUUUUCCAGCACACUCAGACUCAGAGCCUGACCAGGGUCCAUUGGUACUGGACAGCUGCGGGAAGAAGCAGAGGGAGACGCUGCAGGGGAGGGGGAGGAAACGGAGGAGGAACAACUGCUGAUUCCCCAUCCUGCACCUCACCCUCCCAAUUUCUUCUGUGGAAAGUCUCAGUUCAAAUAAAUACUAGGCUUAAUUGCAUUUCAAAA